CACUGCAGCGGCAGCAGCCAGCCUUGACCUGGAGGAACCCUGAACGCCGUCGGUCUUGGGCUUCAAUCGAGCUACCGCGAGCCCCGUGGAUGCUAAUUCUCAAUCUUGCAUCCCUCCGCCGCCAGCCCACUUGAUACCACAUCCCUCGCUGUCGCAAUCGUAGCGUCGUCUAUCUGUGUACCAGUCCCCGCUGAGUAUGCGCAUCCGCCCAUAGUCAAUUCUGAGUGUCCUCGAGCACAUCCCCAACUGCAAACAUGGAGGCCUUGACCCGGCAGGAGUAUCCGGCCAUGCUGGUAAGUCGAGUGUUGAUGUUGACAACUGGUCGCAUUCGUAGCCACCGAGGCACGGGGGACAUGAGACUGACGCCUUCAUAGGAGCGCUUGCAACCUGCCGCCGCCGUGUCGAAAUUCAAUGAGAGGGUAAAGAAGUUGGGGAAGACCAAUAGUGAAAUCGCAGACUGGUUACAGGUAUAGCAAACCCCGGCGAUACUUGCGACAGCCGGAGACUGACAUUGUUUGCAGGAGCGACGGAAAAUCGAGGAGGCCUAUGUCGCGGGGCUCAAGAAGCUGGUGCGACGACCAUUGCAGGAUGUGGGCACUGAACUUGGGUAAGGAAUCGACUCGAUUGCGACCGAGAAUACAUUCGCUGACUGCAUUGGUAGUGUGUUCGAAGUACCGUGGAGGAAGAUCGUGGCUUCGACCGAGGAGAUUGCCAGCUCGCAUCAUGCACUCGCACAGCGGAUAGAGAAGGAUGUUGAACAACCACUGCGGAAUUUUUCCUCAAUGAAUCGGGAGAUGCAGCAGAUGUCCACAGUCCAGGGCAACCUAGGAGCAAUGGCGAAGGAAUUGGACGCCGCGCAAGAACGAUCCAAUAAGUUGGCGCAGAAAGGAGGAAAAGCGAGCGCAGCCAAGGUCGACCAGGCGGCAGUAAAACUACAAGUGGCAGAGCAGCAAUGGAAUUCCCAAGCACCAUUUAUCUUCGAGACUCUCCAGGCGUUGGAUGAGAGACGAUUAAACCACCUUCGCGAUGUUCUAACUCAAUACGAGACCCACCAGGCCGACCAAAUCGAGCGCUGCCGAGUCACUGUCGAGGAAACAUUGACCACGUUGCUAGAGGUUGAGACAGACCAAGAAAUAAGAAACUGGUCGGAAGCGACAGUUGCGGGCAGACCGAUCACAGAGAGAAGAGCAAGACAAUUGUCUGAAGCCGAGGGCGGCAAUGCUGCCAACGUGCCACCUCCAACACCCCCGGCUAGAUCUAUACAUACAAGCCAUGGGGACAAUCAAAGCCAACAUUCUUCCAAACCAGAAAAAGGUACAGGAUAAAUUUCUUCUGCUUCGUACCCGUGAUUUUGCUCUCGAUCUUUUGGAUUCAAUGACUGACUGAACUAUAUAGAAAACUUGAAGAGCCGCUUUGGGACUAUGAUGAGUCGAAGACGUCAAAGUAUACACGGUGGGCUGCCAUCAUUCGGCCGAGCACCUUCGCCCUCUAAAGGUGGAUUCGUCUCUUUUGGACGAGGGAAUUCUGGAAGCAGAGAUGGCCAACCAACACCGUCACCGCGUGCUUCAAGUAGCAAUUUGCAGGAUCCACCGCUUAGAGAACAUCGAUUGACAUCUCUACCUGAAUCCCCCCCUAAUGUGAGCCCUACCACAGCAACGAACGGCACCAACGGCGUCACUCCUGAAACUAGCCACAUCUCCGACUCGUUACCUGCUCGACCACAAACGAGUGGAGCUAACGGCGGCACGAUGGGAUCUUUAACAAACUUUUCUGAAUACCGUGCGACCACAUCUGGUUCUAGGUCUCAAGGGCAAGACGCAAAGACAGAUGCAGAGGGGUUCUCUGUUCCACCUUCUCAGUUAGAUGCAAUUUCACAAGCUCAGCAAGAAGCCGCCCAGGAGCUUGAGCAACCUCAAUUUAAGUUAGACAUUCGAAAUGAGCCUAUACCUGAGCAGGAUGCGGACGCCCAAGCAGCACUUUCAAAUGUUGCCAAUACGCUGAGAUCCUCUCAAAUGGCAACUCCCAACCGAAAGGUAGGAACUGUGAGGGGUCGAAGAGAUGUGAGAAGCACCAUUUUUGUACCCUCGCCAAAUACAGUGCCAAGUAAUCCAGAACCAGCGCAACCUCCUAUGCCUAAUUCCCCUAGCUUUCUUAGUGGACGGAAUGCUGCUUUGGCUGCAUUGUCAUCUAGUGAUCAGCGAAAUGCUAGCGUUUCCGAUACCACAUCCAUCCGUUCCGGUCACUCACUUACCAGUCACGCUCCCAUCAGACACGCAGAAAUGCACAAUGUCGGCUUAAAUGCUUCGGUGAUUGAACAUAUGAGCGCCUCAUUUGAGAAUGGAAUUGUCAAAACAUCACGCAUUGCUGGUGAAAUCGCCUUUACGUAUAUCAAGAAUACUGAUGACGAUGCUCCUUUGACUCCAGGUUGGUGCUAUCCCAGAUCUUCCAAGCUAUUCGCUAACAUGUUUUUAGAAACAGAAGUCAUAAAAGUCAACAACUUUCCUAACCUCGAAGCAAUAGGUAUGAACCAUACAUUUGUUCAUCCGGUUUCAGCUGAGAAGCCCGAUGAAUUUAAAAUCAAUCUCGCUUCAGUUACAUCGAGAUCGUCUGUUGGUUUAAGUUAUAGAGUACACACCGAUGACUCAAACAUUCCGGGCCAUGGUCCUCUAUUUAUCAAGCCAGCGUGGAAGCAGCUGAGUGACAAACUGCAACUUCUCGUCGAAUACGGCGCCAACCCCGCACUAGGGACCCAACCAAUUUCCUUUAAAAAUCUUAUGAUUGUCGCUACCUACGAGGGCGCAAAAGCAGCUUCCUGCCAAACCAAACCAAAUGGUAUACACAUACGAGACAAGUACUAUGUCUACUGGCGACUCGGUGACGUGACUCUCGGUCACACAUCUCAUAAAGUUAUUUGUCGACUUACUGGCGUCGAUGGCUCGGUCCCAACACCGGGUCGCAUCGAAGCGCGUUGGGAGAUCUCUGGUCCCGAGGCAAACGGUCUCGCUCUCGGUAGUGGGAUUUCUCUUUCCAAGUUUGAGGUUUCCAAAGGGAAGGAAAAGGAGGAGGUUGGUAGUGAUAAUGAUCCUUUUGCUGAUGAGUCUUUGGGGAUGCCCAAAUUGCCUUCUUCUCCGGCGGGCGGUUGGGUGGGCUUGGAGACCAGUAGGAAGUUUGUUAGUGAGAAGUAUGUUGCGAUUGAGGAGGUUUAA